AUGAGUGGUACAACUGCGAUUAUUGUCCUUGUCAUAACUGAUAAGCUUUACGUGGCUAAUGCCGGCAAUUCAAGAGCUCUGAUCUCCGUUAAACCUGACCAUCAAGGUUUUGUAACUCAACACACUCAUAAUCAUCCAUUCUUUGUUCUUGCAAGUGACGACAUAUUUGAGUUCUUAUCUAGCCAAACUGUUGUUGAUAGUAAUCCAAAGAAUAUAUGGCGUGGCCGGAGAAAGAAUGGAGAUACAGAAGGAGGAGGCGAUGUAUUAAAGAAGACAAAGGGCGUAGAAGAUGUGAAAACUUAUAUCAACGUCGAAGGUGGCUUCAACCUUCAGCAGGCCCGAUUUGAAAACCUAGAUAAAUGUCGUCAUCUUCACACCUCGACGAAGGCUUUGUCUGGAAACUCGAGCCACAAGCGUCGCCUCCGUUUCUGUCUUCUUCUCCGGCGAGUAUUGUCUAUCUCAGAUCCUUUUUCUUCGAAGAAAGCCUCUGUCGCCGUCGUUCGUCUUCGCCGAAAACCCUAA